AUGAAUGGCUUUGUCUUUUACACCCGCACUGUCCACUACCACUUUUACACCCACACUGUCCACUACCACUUUUACACCCACACUGUCCACUACCACUUUUACACCCACACUGUCCACUACCACUUUUACACCCGCACUGUCCACUACCACUUUUACACCCACACUGUCCACUACCACUUUUACACCCGCACUGCCCACUACCACUUUUACACCCGCACUGCCCACUACCACUUUUACACCCACACUGCCCACUACCACUUUUACACCCGCACUGCCCACUACCACUUUUACACCCGCACUGCCCACUACCACUUUUACACCCGCACUGCCCACUACCACUUUUACACCCGCACUGCCCACUACCACUUUUACACCCGCACUGCCCACUACCACUUUUACACCCGCACUGCCCACUACCACUUUUACACCCGCACUGCCCACUACCACUUUUACACCCACACUGCCCACUACCACUUUUACACCCGCACUGUCCACUACCACUUUUACACCCGCACUGUCCACUACCACUUUUACACCCGCACUGUCCACUACCACUUUUACACCCGCACUGUCCACUACCACUUUUACACCCGCACUGUCCACUACCACUUUUACACCCGCACUGUCCACUACCACUUUUACACCCGCACUGUCCACUACCACUUUUACACCCGCACUGUCCACUACCACUUUUACACCCGCACUGUCCACUACCACUUUUACACCCGCACUGUCCACUACCACUUUUACACCCGCACUGUCCACUACCACUUUUACACCCGCACUGUCCACUACCACUUUUACACCCGCACUGUCCACUACCACUUUUACACCCGCACUGUCCACUACCACUUUUACACCCGCACUGUCCACUACCACUUUUACACCCGCACUGUCCACUACCACUUUUACACCCACACUGUCCACUACCACUUUUACACCCACACUGUCCACUACCACUUUUACACCCACACUGUCCACUACCACUUUUACACCCGCACUGUCCACUACCACUUUUACACCCACACUGUCCACUACUACCACUGCAGAAAAAACAUGACAAAGUGA